AUGAUUUGGUUCAGUGCCAACAAUAGCAACAGUACUUGGGAGAGCACUCAGUCAGAAGAUGACCAGAGAGAUGAACGCUUAGCUCAGGUGGAAAUCGCACUUCUUUCCUUCAUUUUCAUCACUGCGGGAAUGCUGAACUUCGGGCUCCUGUUGGUGCUAUGGAAGCGGAGGAAGCAGCUCUCCAGGAUGCGCGUCUUCGUUUUCCACCUGUGCGUCGCCGAUCUAGUGGUUGCGUUCUUCCAAGUUUGUCCCCAGCUCAUAUGGGAUAUCACUGACAGAUUCGUGGGUCCUGAUGUCUUGUGUCGCUUGGUGAAGUACCUACAGGUUGUAGGAAUGUUUGCCUCUACUUAUAUGAUAGUAGUGAUGACGAUAGACCGAUAUCAAGCCAUCUGUAACCCCAUGGUGACCUUCCAAAGGCGCAGGGCUCGCUGGAACGGCUCCGUGUGCGCUGCCUGGUGUAUCUCUCUCAUCGGCAGCCUCCCGCAGAUUUUCAUCUUCUCUCGGGUCGAGGUGGCUCCCGGUGUGCACGACUGCUGGGCUCAGUUCAUAAAGCCGUGGGGACCGAGAGCAUACGUGACUUGGACGACUCUGGUUAUAUUUGUUCUGCCCAUUCUGACGGUAGUCGUGUGCCAAGUGCGCAUCUGCCAAACCCUGCACUUAAACUUUCAAAUGAAGACGCACCAGGUUGGAGAGGCGAUCAGUAAGCCGAUGGCUUCAAGAGCCAGCAGCGUGACAGGAGUGUCCAAAGCGAGGGUGAAGACUGUGAGGAUGACUGUGGUCAUAGUACUCGCGUACGUCAUCUGCUGGACGCCUUUCUUCACGGUGCAGCUCUGGUCUGUUUGGGACGUCGAGGCGCCCACACAGACUGCAACCUUCACUAUCCUGAUGCUGCUGGCCAGUCUGAACAGCUGUGUGAACCCCUGCAUCUACCUGCUUUUUAGUGGGAAGCUUCCCAAGAGGCUUGCAGCCCUUCUUUGUGUGGCUGAGGCCAAUACGAAGGACUCCCUGCAGGAGGAGGCCACCAUGGUCAGCUCCCUGUACAUCAGUCUCAAGAGCCUGUCUGACUGCCGAUGA